AUGGCGACGUUCACAGCGUUGAAUGGGGGCUCACCAAAGUCCGCCGGCGGUGCAGGGACUAAUGGGACGACGGACGGCGAGCAACCAAACCGGGAACCGGCCAGUGUAGAGCCGCGGCCUGCAGAAGGGCAUCACCACCAGAGGGAACGGGAGAGCCAGCGGGACAGGGAAACUCAGAGGGAAAGGGGCAACCGCGAGGCGCUGGAACGCCGGAGCAGCACCAACCAUGAGAGGACUCCCUUUCCGAACGCGGCCACAUUUUCAUCAGAAGUCGAAGGAUCGCAUAAGCGCAAACGCUCCCUCUCGGACUCACCAAGGAGAGAGCGGCUACCAUCGCCGCCUCAAAGGACGGAAAGGGCCGAGCGCACUGAACAACUAGAACGGGUGGAGCGAUCGGAGAGAUCGGAAAGGUCAGAACGAUCGGAUCGAUCCGAGCACUACGAAUCACAGCGCCAACCAUCAGAACCACGUGAUGGCCGUACGACGCCGCAGAGGGACCUUUAUCGGGGCCGACAACGAGACGACAGGCGGGACAGCGUGGAGCACUGGCGCGCGGAGCGGGCGAGGGACGAGCGCACCUCGAGUUAUGAGGCUCCUUACUCAGCAGGUCCGGUAUCCGCGCAGUCAGAGGAACCCGUGGGCGAGAUGCUGCGAAGGGCGACGAGCCAUGGCGAUGACGAUCAGAGCCCGGAAGGCGACGACCGCUCCAUGUAUCCCGGCCAGUACACACCUGAGCACCGCCGAGACGGCAUUCUCCAGUCGGACCCCAAGAAGAGGAAGCGCAAUUUUAGCAACCGCACGAAAACCGGGUGUCUCACGUGCAGGAAGCGGAAGAAGAAGUGUGACGAGAAGAAGCCUGAAUGCAACAAUUGUUACAAGGGCGGAUUUGUGUGUGCCGGGUAUCCCCCGCAAAGGGGGGCCUGGCCCAAUAAGCCGGAGAGCAAGCCAGCGCAGGUCAAUAUUGAGUCGAAGGAUCCGAACUAUGUACCCCCUGGAGCAUACGGCAUGCCCCAACAACCACCCCCGUACAACAGCAGCCAACAACCGCCCCUGCUGGGUCAGCAAGGGAAACGUGACUCCUUGCCAUAUAACCGCGGCCAGCCCCAGCUCCGGAUCACGCCGCCGCAGGGCCGCCCUUCACAGUCCGACGACGACAGGUUGACCGCAUCGACCAUGCCAAGCUCUAUCAGAAGCCCCGACAACAAGCUCUCGGCUCUGUCCGGGUACACAACGUCGACGUCUGCGAACGUGUUUCCCACCCCAAUCAGCUCGACCACCCUUUCCGCCUUCUCCGACCGCACCCCGAAAGAGUAUCAACGGGUGCCGCCACUCCAUGACCUUACGCGGACCGACCCGGACCAGCAACAGCCACCCGCGCCGCCACCGCCACCACCACCACCCCAGAGCACGAUAUCAACCCACCCUCCGUUCAGCAGCAUGCUGCAUGGGGGCAGGACCUCGACACCGCCGGCGCCGCCCUCGGCGGUCUCGCCUCAACCGCCCUCGAGUAGUACCCAAGCGACAGCACAGCUUGCACUUUCCCAUGCGCAAUUUCCUUCCAGUCGGCCACGCCAGCAGAAGGAGGAGAUGCUGAACGGGAGACCUUACUAUCCCUUCGACAAAGAGCUUGUGCUGGAGCGAGAGCGGUGCAACGCAGCCUGCUGGAGGUUCAACAACUCGACCAACCCCAACCUUGGCGUCUCCCCGCCCGAGCGCGCCCGGCUGUUUCGCGACAUCUUGCACCCACGUGAAGGCGUGCAACUGUCCCCGACCCAGUUGUCACCCGUCACCCACCGUGGUCGCGUGGGCGAGAACGCCACGGUUGAGGCGCCCUUCAACUGCGAUUACGGGUACAAUAUCCACAUUGGCAAUCACGUAUCGAUCGGCCGCAACUGUCUGAUCAACGAUGUGUGCGAGGUCAGCAUCGGCAACAACGUGAUCAUUAGCCCGAACGUUUGCAUCUACACCGGCACGUGCAGCACCAACCCGCGGUAUCGCAAGGGCAACCAGGGUACACAGUACGGAAAACCAGUCAUUAUCGAGGAUGAUGUGUGGAUUGCGGCCAAUGUGGUUAUUUUGCCAGGUGUCAGGAUUGGGAAGGGGUCGACCGUGGGGGCGGGAUCGGUUGUUACGAGGGAUGUUGCCACCUGGAGUGUGUACAUGGGCCACAAGGCCGGUCACCGUAGGGGCAUUGCGCUUGUCCCUUAA